CCCCGGGAGAAUGGAUAACCACUCUCUGUGUCACGACGUUAAAUAAAUUAUUACUUAUUACUUAGUUAAACCUGAAACUUGUGACUCACAAGCGUGUUGUCGCUACAGUGGCAACCGAAAAAACACACCUUGUAAAGUGCUGGGAGAGGGGAGUGCUGUCGGAAUGCGCAGGCUAGCAUGUUAUCCAGCUCGUUACUUGACCUACUAAAUUGCCGCGCAUUCACGUAAAGGACCAACACUAACAGAAAACGUUAAUGGGGAAAUCGACUGGAAAACGACAAAUUAGGAACCAAAUUGGCAAAGUUUAGUUUUACUUUUAGCCUGUGUGUCACAGCCGUCUCUUCCCGGGGAGAGGCGGCUGUGACAAACUAACUGUCCCAGGGUUUCUCGGGAUUGGGACGAGCUCGAGGAUACACUCAAACAAACCAUCAUUUCAUCAUAUGUCCUUUACCAUCUGUGGGUGAGCAUAAAACGUCCACCAGUACCCUCAAUGCACACGGGUCUUUGUUUAAUAAUGCGUUGGCUCUCUCUCAGGAGUAGCCCACUCUUUCCAAACCAUAUGCAGAAAUAAGUCACGUAAUUGAAUUUGCAUCGUAAUUAUUUCUCUUGACAACAACAUGUUUAUGUUUGUCACGCACGUAAGAACUGCGGCAGAUCUCGUUGCCGUGAUUUGCACUUGUUAUUAGCUAUUUCUCAGUAUAGAGUAGUGCUUUACAGUAGAGUCGAAGAACAAAUGACUGCUUCACCGUGAAUGCCACUGACAGAGGCACAGAAUGGCCAAGAGUCGAUCGAUGCCGUCCCUGAGAAACAAAGUGGGUUCUGAAGAAAAUUUCAACUCCAGCGUGCACUCCAAGCUUCAGGUGCAAAAUGGUCACCACGUCACGUUACAGACGAAUGCUUUUCAAAACAAACGUAAACUGGAGUUAUUUAUUGAGUGCACGGAUCUUGUACAACUAGACACGUUUUCAAGAACCGACCCCAUGUGUGUACUGUAUGUGAAGAAACUCGGACAAUGGAUGGAACAUGGAAGAACGGAGUCCAUUCCAAACAGUUUGCAUCCAAAGUUUGUAGAAACGUUCAUCAUUGAAGCUAACGCUACAGUCCAUCCAAGGCUGAGAUUUUCAGUGUUUGAUCUGGCGAACUUUACAUCCAAAGACCUCCGUAAACACGAUUUUAUUGGAUCGCUGGAAAUAGAACUGGGAACUCUUUUAGAAUCGGAGUGCGGCUCCUUAAUAAGAACACUCAGACUCCCUGGGGAUGUCAAGUCACGUGGUUACAUUCAUAUUUACGUCGACGAUGUAAGGGAGAGUAGAACAAACAUAAGACUUCAUUUUGGUGCCGCGAAUCUGGCGAAGAAAGGGAUCCUAGGGAAAUGCGAUGCGUUUUAUGAGGUUAAUCGCCUCGUAACGAAGAGUGGUCAUUUUCACCCGGUGUAUAGAUCUGAAGUAGUUACCAGGACAGCGUCACCCAAGUGGGCACCGUUUGAUAUCAGUCUACAGAAGUUGUGUAACGACAAUGUUGAUGGACAGCUCACGAUAUCUUGCUGGCAUUUCUCUAGCAGUGGUAAUCACACCAUGGUAGGCGAGGCCAGGUUACCUUUGAAUCUACUUCUCAAGAGAACAGUUAGAGAACUGGAUAUAGUGAAUCCCAGAAAGCAGAUAAAAAAUAAACGGUAUUCAAACUCGGGAACGCUGCGCAUUUUACAUUGUCACGCCGAUAGACAAUUCAGUCUUGUUGAUUACGUCAGAGGUAAUUGCAUCAUCAGAAUGGUAUGCGCCGUUGAUUUUACGAUAUCCAACGGACAGCCCUUGACCCAGGACUCCCUGCACACAAUGGACGAGGAAAAGAAUGAGUAUUCCCAGGCCCUUGAAACUGUGGGAAAGGUUUUGUCAAGCUUUGAACAAGAUAAGAAAAUUCCAGCCUACGGUUUUGGAGCCCAGGCCUCCUCGACUGGCCCUUUACCUUAUAUGUUUGCCCUUGAAAGUGAAACUGGACAAGUUGAGCUUGAGGAUAUGGAUGCUGUGGUCGACGCUUAUUGGAAGCGACUGGAAGACGUCAAAUUAGGUGGACCCACUUACCUCGCGCCCGUCAUCCAACAGAUAGCGGCAUAUGCUGAAAAAGAAGUAUCCCAGUGUUCUCAGCACUACACAAUAGGACUUGUUAUUGCGGAUGGCAUCGUGAAUGACGUAGAUAAUUUGAUUGACAAGUUAGUUGACGUUGGAAACUUGCCCCUUUCGGUAGUUGUUGUGGGCGUUGGACCUGCUGAUUUUAAAUUAAUGGAUGAACUAUUUUCAAAAAGUAAACGGCAACUGAAAUCAAAAGAAGGAAAGACGUUGGAACGCAGUAACACAGAUUUUUUAUCACUAAGAAGACACGUCACAAACCCGGGAGUGAACGAUUCAAUGGCUCGUGAGGUCUUUGCGAAUAUUUCACAACAAAUUGUUACAUUUUUUAAAUCUCGUGGAAUUGUUCCCAACCUUCCGACGAAAAUGAACGUUAAGCAACCCUGGGACGAGUGCAGUAAUGCAUCUGAUGUACAACUGACAAGACCGUCUUCUCCGCGUAUGCAUAUUAACCAUAGCUGUGCUGUCCAUUCUCCUCACGGCCCCAACUGGUGCAGUGGGAAUCGCUGUCUCAGGUCCCAGAUUGUUAAGCCAGGCCGAGACAAGACAAGAGACUGGGAACCAAAGGGAGAUUGA